UUCAAGGAAUGGAGAGGCUUGUAAGUUCAAGGAUUGCCUGGGCAAUGUUGGUUGGAUGAAGGUCUUUGCCUGGGCAUGGUGAUUAUGGGCGUUCACUUUCCAGCUUUCUAGGGGAAGUAUUAGCUGGGUCACUCUCACUUGGAUGUUACUGGAUCGCUCAGUAUGUUUAGAUAAGAGGAGUCCUUUCUGUACUUUAUGGCUGUCUGUUACGGAGUUCAGGACCACUGAGAAAGAUCACCAAAUAAAACUAGGAAUUAAAAGGAAAUGCUGUCCUUCCGGGAUGUGGCCAUUGAUUUUUCUCCAGAAGAGAGGGACUGCCUGGGUCCUGCUCAGUGGGAUCUGUACAGAGACGUGAUGCUGGAGAAUUUCAGCCACCUUGUGUUCCUGGGUCUUGCUGUUGCUAAGCCAUACUUGGUAACGUUUCUGGAGCAAAACCAAGGGUCUUCACGUGUGAAAAGUCACGCAGCAGCCGCCAUCCCAGGAACAACAGGCAAUGAAUUUAACAAUCACAAUGAGGCCAUUGAUCACAACUCUCUAAGUAUGCAAUGCCAGAGAAUUCAUACAGGAGAGGAACCCUACUACUUUGAAGACUGUGGUAAGGCCCUUAGUUCUCAGGCAACACUUUCUGUACUCCAGAGACGUUAUAGUGGAGACAAACCCUACAAAUGUAAAGAAUGUCAUAAAACACUUAGUAGUCGCUCAUCACUUUUAAUACACCAGAAAUAUCAUACUGAUGAAAAAACCUACAAGUGUGAAAAAUGUGGCAAACAGUUUUUGCGUUCCUCACAUCUUCAGCAUCAUCAAAAAAUUCAUACUGGAGAGAAACCAUACAAAUGUGAAGAGUGCGACAAAGCCUUUCUUCAUCACUCAUAUCUUAGGAAGCACCAGGCAGUUCAUACUGGAGAGAAACCCUACAAGUGUGAAGAGUGUGGAAAUUCAUUUUACUAUCCUGCAAUGCUGAAGCANCAUCAAAGAAUUCAUUCUGGAGAGAAACUUGACAAGUGUGAAGAAUGUGGGAAAGUAUUUUCCUCUGCUUUCUUUCUUAACCAGCAUAAGGGAAUUGAUUCNAUAGAGAAAAGGUACAAGUGUGAAGAGUGUGGCAAAUCCUUUUGCUAUCGUUCAUACCUNAGGGAACAUUACAGAAGGCAUUCUGGAGAAUAUCCCUACAAGUGCGAAGAAUGUGGAAAAGGGUUUUCCCGUUCCUCAAAGCUUCAGGAACAUCAAACAAUUCAUACUGGAGUUAAACCUUACAAGUGUGAAGAGUGUGGGAAAUGUUUUUCCUCUUUUACGUCCCUUAAAAGACAUCAAAUCAUCCAUUCUGAAGAUACUCCCCAUGAGUGUGUAGAAUGUGGCAAAAGGUUUUCUAGUUCUUCCCGCCUUCAGGAACAUCAGAAAAUUCACACGGAAGAGAAGCCAUACAAAUGUGAGGAAUGUGACAAAGCCUUUCUUUAUCACUCGUUUCUUAGGAGACACAGAGCAGUUCACACUAGAGAGAAACCCUACACGUGUGAAGAGUGUGGGAAAUGUUAUACCUCUUUCACAUCCCUCAAAAGACAUCAAACAAUCCAUUCUGUAGACAUUCCCCAUGAGUGGGUAUAAUGUGGCAAAAGAUUAUCUUGUUCUGCAUGCCUUCUGGAACAUCAAAAAAUCAUAGAGGAAAGAAACCAUGUGAAGACUGUCAUAAAGCCUUUAUUACACAUUUCUUAGGAGACACAAGGCUGUUCAUACUGAAGAGAAAACCUACACAUGUGAAGAGUAUGGCAGAUGGUUUUCGUUUUCUUCAGCCCUUAGACGACAUCAAACAAUUCAUUGUGAAGGCAGUCCCUACAAGUGUGGGGAAUGUCGCAAAGCCUUUUCUACACUGUCUACUCUUACAGAACACAAGUUUGUUCAUUCUCUAGAGAAACUGUUGAAGUAGGAACAAGGUGGGAAAGCCUUGUCUUCUAAUUCUUUCCUGUUUUGAUACAAGUUGAGUCAUACUGGAGUGAAAUCUUACCAGUGUGAAAAAUGUAGGAAAAUGUUUGACUCUACUUCACAACUGAAGAAACAAACAAAAAAAACCUCAGUGGUAAGAGAAAGCAUGGAGUCAGGCAUGGUGGCGCACACCUUUAA